AUGUUCAACAAAUGCUCCGUUGUGUUAUUGAACGUCCUUUUUCUGGUGCGGUCGCUUUCGGCUCAUGAGUGCACACCGUGUAAUCUGCGGACAUGUCCGGUCAAAGCUGCGCACGGCUGUGAGGGUGGCCGGACCAUGGCCAGGGAUCCGUGCGGAUGCUGUGACCAGUGUACCCGUCUGGAGUGGGAGCCCUGCGGAGGACAGGACUGGACGCACGGCUACUGUGCCCUGGGGCUGACCUGCGCCUCAGUCAACCAAACAGGAGCCGCCACCAGUCCUGAAAUUGGAGUAUGUAAAGUGCUUCCUGGUCAUCCAGAGGCAGGCCUGGAGGACGAGCUGUGUCCUCUGAUAACAGGCUGCGACAGAGCAGGAGGUCAGUGUGUGUGCGAUGCCCGUCACUCCUGCUUGGGCUCUUUUACCUACCCGGAUCAAGAAACCUGCAUGAAAGCUGGAAAGUCAGAGGGUCGGAGACACGAGCACCGAGAACGACACAGGGAGAAGUAUGUGGGGCCAUCCAACCCGGCCUGCAUGUUCUCUGGCUGUAACCUGACCGCUGAGGGAUGUGUGUGCGAGUCUCAGAGCUGCCACCACCACUUCGCCUACAUCAACCGCAGCCAGUGCCAGGAAGCCGCAGAGGAGCUGAGGUGUUCUGGGGUGACGUGCCCCUCACUGCCUGUGCCCUCCUGCCCUAAAGGCUCAGUCCUGACCAAGAGUUACACGCCCCCUGCUGGCUGCUGUCCCUCCAUACCACCCCAAUGCACCUGUGACUUCAGUGCCUGCCACAAGCCGCAGUGCCCGAGCGGACAGCGUGCCGUGCCACUCAGCCAGGCCAGUGGACAGCCAGGAGACUGCUGUGAUGUCUUUGAGUGCCAGAAAGCCUCUCCCAAAUGUAUUCAUAAUGGGAAGGAGUUCUUAGAGGGGGAAGUGUACCGAAUGGACCCCUGCUGGCUGUGUCAGUGUCGGGGUGGAAUCUCCUUCUGCUCCAAGGCGGAGUGCGCCGAGUUGGACUGUGAAAACUUCUACAUUCCCGAGGGCGAGUGCUGCCCUGUCUGCAUAGAUGUGGAGUUACUGUCAAUGGACAGCACUAAGGCCAGUUGCUGGGUGAAUAAUAAGCUGCGAGCUCAUGAGGAGCAGUGGAAAGAGGAUGACUGCACCUUUUGCCAGUGUGUGGAUGGAGAACCACACUGCACAGCCAUGGCCUGCAAACAGAGCUGUCAGAACCCUGUCAAGAUCCCUGGAGAGUGCUGUCCCUUCUGUGAAGAGCCUUCUUAUGAAACCGUUAGCCCUCUUCUCUGUCCUCCCCUGGAAAACUGCUCCUUGUCAGGCAGUGAAUGUCCCUACGGCUUCCUGCAGGACAAGAAUGGAUGUCUGCUUUGCCAGUGUCUCAACAAUGACUCCUGCCCUGACCUGGGUAAAUAUUGCUCCCUUCAAUGCCCAAUGGGAUAUGAGAGGGAUGAUUUUGGCUGUGAGGUGUGCGAGUGCAGCAUCCCCAUGCCUAAGUGCAGACCUUUGACCUGCACUAAGACCUGCCCUUAUGGAUAUGUAAGGAACAAGCAUGGCUGUGAGAUGUGCCGUUGUGUCAAGUGCCCCCCCUUCACCUGUGAUAAACACUGCAGUGACGGCUACCGUCAGAACAGAAAGGGCUGCUCCAUCUGCAUGUGUAAAGAAAGCGACCACGUCCCAAGCACCACUGCUCCGGCCCCGAUGCCCAGCUACUGCCUCACUUCCAACGGGCACCGAUAUGAGGAAGGUGACAGCUGGCACGAUGGCUGCCGUGACUGCUACUGCCACUCUGGUCGGGAGAUGUGUGUGCUCAUAUCCUGCCCCGUACCGAGCUGUUCCAAUCCAGUCGUCAGGCCUGAGCAGUGUUGUCCUACCUGUGAGGAUGAGUCAGGAAGUGGUCUGCCAGAAGGGAUGGACAUGGUUGUAUGCCGAGCACCCGGUGGGGAGUUCUACGUGGAGGGGGAGACCUGGAACCUGGACGAAUGCACUCGCUGCACCUGCAGGAAGGGACGUGUCCUGUGUGACACUGAAGUCUGUCCUCCAGCUCUCUGCCACACGCCAAUCAAGAACAAGGACACUUGUUGCCACGUAUGCCCAGAGGAGAGCCCCUUGCUUCCAGUGAACCGUAGCCAGCAGGAGUACUGCAUAACCAACGAUGGAGACGUGCUGCUGGCUGGAGACUCGUGGAAGGCCAACGCCUGCACCAGCUGCACCUGCAACAACGGCACCAUUCAGUGUUUCUCACAGCGCUGUCCAGCUGCCAACUGCAGAGUACCCGUUUUACGCAAGGGCCAGUGCUGCCCACACUGUCUCGAAAUGACGACAUCAGUGCCGAUGAUGGUCUCGACAAAUGUCCCCAAGACGACGGUCACCACCACAGUGGAUAGUGCGCUGUGGCUCACUACUGUGACUGUACCACCCAUUAUCGCUGAUACAGAUGAACCACGUUUGGGUGAGAAUUACCCCAGCCAAACAGAGAUGGCCCUCAUCUACCAAUCAGCAGCCUGGAUCCUGGCAGGCCUCCUCUUGGCCAUUAUCAUCUUCCUCAUUGUUGCGUUACUUAUCAACAAGAAAAAGAAGUGGGUGCAGAUGUCCUGUUACAGUGCACCAAAGAAGACGGUGAUCUUAAAGAAGCAUGUCAACAAAAACUCAGUGGUUUACAUGGAGCCUUCCAAGGAGAAUAAAUUUCAGAACGUGAAGAACGACUGUGGGAUCAUCCACUUUUCUCCUGAAAUGAGCUCACCCUGUGUGGACAAGAUGACCAUCCCCAGAGCGAAGCUGAGUCUGGGGAACGACUGGACGCCGCGCUAAACACACCCCACAUACACACUGCCGAUCAGAGCUGUCCGACAUCUCCCACUCCCUCACUGCUGUAUCUGAGGUGAUUUGUGCAACAACGCACACACUUUGGUCGCUGCCUUGUUUCCACCCUUCUCUUUGUGUGACAUUAAAACUGAAGAUGCACAGCAAGAAACAAAACAAGGGACAUGUGUUUCUUUGACUGUGUGUCCGUUCUCUGUUGUGUUUGGACCUUUACUGUGGCCACUGGGUGGACUGAGGAGAGGGGAGGUGGACGGAUAUGUGGGCAAACAACGGACACAGCCACUCUGGGCUCGACUUCAUCUCAGAGGAGGCGACCAGAGAAGCUCCUCUGUCAGAAUACGACAUUGACUGUGAACAUUGUAAUAUUAUUGCUCAUUACUGUCUCUUUGAAAAGUGGGACUUGGAGACAGUAAGAAGAAUAUCAAAGCUUUAGGAUGGGGGUGUCGAAGGUGCUGCCCCAUAAAGAGCAGCAAUGCUUCAUGGACGAUAAUGAUCAUCAGCAGGAACGCCAAAGGAACUGAUAAUCCUGUUGGAUCAAACUGGGUUAAGCAGCCAAAUCAAAAGUCGGCAGGCUUUAAGACCCCCGAUCCAAAGUCCUGCGUUAGAAUGUGUGGUUUCCAUUUUAGUUUUUGUAUAUUUCUACAGUAUUUGUACUAGUUUUAGUGUUGUUCUUGGCCACCUCUCUUAUUAUUAUGGGUGUCUCAAUGGGGCCAGAGAGAAACAUUUAGAAAAUACCAGUCUAAACAUUUCCCCCCCACACCAAGUUCAGGAAGGGCAUGCUUCCCAAAUACUAGGCUACCUUCUACCUUCAAAUGACCCAAAUCAUUCCAUUCAGAAAACUCCAAAAACAAACCGCAGUUCCUUGAAAUGAAACAUACAUUUCCUCUCUAAAUCUGUAACACAGUAGCCAAUAAUUAUCAUCUUUCCACUGACCCUCAUCCGAUCUCAGAUCUUCUAGAAGGGAUCAACCCACCAACUGUACUUCAUCAUCGUAAAAUCUCACCCACCGAAGCUGAAAUGGAGUGAUGUUCAUCCAGGAGGAAUGUCAAUUAAUUGACUACAGAGGAGACAAAAUGGUGCCAGAAUGUUUUUGAUACCAUGCCCCACUUCAUAAGUUCAUUCACAGCUGUAAGUGGAGCUGCUGUUCACAUUGAAUGUUAGUGGUGGCUUGUAAUAAUUCUUUUAAAGCCUUAAUUCUAUAGCCUUAAAUCUUUCUUUUUGAUAUCUUUUUUCAGCUGUUCUAGUCCAUAUCAAGAAAUAUGAAAACAGUUAAUAUAUGCACUCAUUAUUCCGAUGAUUGUUUUUGUCAUACCGCAUUCAGAUGUUCUCAUCAGCUCUUAUAGACUUGUGAAUUAUGUGACAUAUUGAUACGUAGGGGUUUAAGGUGAGCUUGUUAGUAUUUGUAAUGGUACACAUUACAACAGAGCAUGUCAAAGUGAGAUAGCACUUUUCUUUGGAGCCGGUGUUUCUUAAACAGCCUACUGCAAGAUUCUUGUAGGGAUAAAAGGCCCUAAUCAGGGAUUUGAUAGGCAUAUUAAGCACACGGAGAUGUUAAACCACUCAAGUGAACAUGCUGCAGUACGAGGAAAGGAGAGAAUCUGAGAAGCAUUACGAAACAAACUAGGGGUUCAGAGGAAACUUUUUGGAUCCGAAUUCUCAAUCCAUUGCCAAUGUUUCAAUACAAAGACCAUUCUGAUGCAGAAAUUGGUUGGAGACCAAUUUAUAUUGAAGUGUUUUAGUAACGCAGUAGAUUUGUGUCUGUUUGAAUUACGACCAUGUGCUUUAAAAUGAAGAGGCGACUGUAAAAGCUUACGCAAUUCUUUGUUCUUCUAUGUGUAAAAAAAAAAAGUAGUUUAAAUUAGUAGGACAGAAGAGUACCUUAUUUAUUUUUUCACAUAGCUUUAUUUAUUAAUACUAAACUAUAGUUUGAUUUGUUUUUUGCCUUUUUUUUUUUGAAAGAUGAACUUUGGUAGCCAAAGCUGCUGUACAUUUUAGACCAUUUACCGUUUCUAUCUUCUAUAUUCUAUACAGCCUUAUUUAUUUCACUGUUGCCCUGUAAACUCUGUAAAUAUGUUUCCUAGAUGAUGAACUGUAACAUUUACACUCAUUUUGAAAAAUAAAUGCGUGUACCCAAA